AGUUACUUAACCCCCUCUCUCCUCUCUCUCUGCUCCGUGGAAACCUAAUCACCGCGGGAGACUUGAUCGGCAAUCCGAUUCGUUGCCAGCGACUGGCAUUGCGCAAGACGGCCCUCCAGCGGAGCCUCCCCUCUCGCGAACGACGGUAUUCAUUCAGGGCCAUAUUUUGUUCUAGGUCUUUUGGCAUUCGUUGAUGGACGAGGAGGAGCCGCCUAGUGGAAAUGGAUCAGACCUUGAAUCUGGCUUUUUGAAGGAAGAUCAUGGGAAAAGCCAAGCUGGGCCUGAGUCUAUGGAUAUCGAUUCCCCAACUAAAGGGAGUCUAGAUAGCGACUUGAACAUUGGAAACUUGGAGAAGUUCUGCAAAGAGGCAGCAAGGGCUUUCUUUAAGGAAUGGGGCCUCAUUAAUCACCAGAUAAGCUCAUAUAAUGAUUUUGUUGAGCAUGGGAUUCAAGAUCUGUUUGAUACCCUUGGUGACGUCGUUGUCGAACCGGGAUAUGAUCCUUCAAAGAAAGGGGAUGGUGCAUGGAGACAUGCAUCAAUCACUUUUGGAAAAGUUAGGCUAGAAAAGCCUGAAUUUUGGCCUGAGAAGAACGACAUAGAGGAGGGAUCACUUAAAUUGUUGCCUAGACAUGCACGUCUUCAGAAUAUGACAUAUUCUUCCCAAAUGAAAGUUAAAGUGAGAGUUCAGGUAUAUGUACAAGAAAAAAGUGACAAGGCCAAGAUUGGCAACAGCUCAUAUAUUCAGAAGCGAGUGCAGAAUGAUGAUGAAGGGGAAAUCACAAUAGGAAGGUUGCCUGUGAUGGUGCAAUCAAAUCUUUGCUGGUUGAGUGCACUUGGCAAAAGUGAUUGCCUUUUUGAUUCAGGUGGCUACUUCUUGAUCAAAGGGAUGGAGAAGACCUUCAUUGGACAGGAACAGAGAUGUUUAACAAGACUUUGGGUCAUUGACAAGCCAGUUGCGACAGUUUCUUAUUUGUCUGAAAUUAAACGGAAAAGAAUAUACGUGAAGCUUGUUGAAGCUCCAAAAGCUGAAGGCUUUCACGGAGGCAAAGUUAUUAGCGUCUACUUCUUGUAUGCCACUAUGCCAAUUUGGAUUAUGUUUUUUGCUCUUGGGGCAUCUUCUGACAAAGAAGUUCUUGAAAUGAUUGAUCUCAAAGACUGUGAUGCUGGUAUGAUUAACAUAAUAUUAGCAACUAUUAAGGAUGCUGAUGAACAGUUUGAGGGUUUCCGUAGUUUAGACAAGGCUCGUGAGCAUGUAAAUGCACUGAUUAAGAAUGCAAAGUUCCCUCCCAGUGAAUCCUUUGAUGAAUAUGUUGCCAAGUAUCUCUUUCCCAAUAUUAUUGGGCAUAGGACAAAGGCUCAUUUUUUAGGAUAUAUGGUCAAAUGCCUCUUGCUGUCCAGUUUUGGUAAACGGAAAUGUGACAACAAGGAUGAUUUUAGAAACAAGAGGUUGGACUUAGCUGGUGAACUACUUGCUAGGGAGCUACGGGCACAUAUCAGACAUGCUGAGAAGCGGAUGGUUAGAGCUAUGCAGAGAGAUUUGUCUGGAGAUAGAGACUUGCAGCCGAUUGAGCGCUACUUAGAUGCCUCAAUAAUCACAAAUGGUCUAAAUCGAGCCUUUUCCACUGGUGCAUGGACUCAUCCAUAUAAAAAGACAGAGAGAUUGUCUGGCAUAGUGGCGACUCUCAGAAGAACAAAUCCCCUACAGAUGAUGUCUGACAUGAGAAAAACACGUCAGCAAGUUGCAUAUGCAGGGAAGGCGGGUGAUGCUAGAUAUCCAAAUCCAUCCUACUGGGGCAAGUUGUGCUUUUUAUCGACACCGGAUGGGGAGAAUUGUGGCCUUGUUAAAAAUUUAGCUGUUACAGCUGUUGUUAGCUCUAAAAUAAUGGAACCCAUUUUGGAUAAGUUGAUUGCAUGCGGAAUGGAGAAACUGGAUGAAAUAUCUCUAUCAUCAUUGAGCCAAAUGCAUAAAGUUUUUUUGAAUGGUGACUGGGUUGGAGUUUGCCCAGAUAUGAGCUCAUUUGCUGACAGGCUCAGAUCUAUGCGUCGUGCCAAGUUAAUCCAUCCACAGGUGGAAAUAAAAAGAGACAAGCACCAGAAAGAAGUCCGUAUAUUUACUGAUGCUGGAAGAAUUCUGAGACCCCUUUUAAUCGUGGAAAAUUUAAAGAAGAUUAGGAAUCUCAAGGGAGGGGUUUGUUCAUUUCAAUCUCUUAUGGACCAGGAAAUUAUAGAACUCAUAGGUGUUGAGGAAGAGGAAGAUUGCCAAACUGCAUGGGGAAUCAAGUAUCUUCUUGCAGUGAAUGAAGGAAUUUCUGCUCCAAAUUACUCACACUGUGAACUUGAUCCGUCUUUCUUACUGGGCUUAAGUUGUGGCAUCAUUCCCUUUGCCAGCCACAAUUUUGCUAGGAGGGUUCUGUACCAGUCUGAAAAGCAUUCUCAGCAGGCUAUUGGUUUUUCCACGACAAAUCCAAGUAUCAGAGUAGACACUCUUUCUCACCAUCUAUACUAUCCUCAGACACCACUUUUUAGAACAGUAAUAGCUGAUUGCCUCGUCAGGGCUGAUUAUUCUCUCGGCAGAAAAGACAGCAUGACUAGACCAGAGUAUUUCAAUGGUCAGAAUGCUAUUGUAGCAGUCAAUGUUCACCAAGGGUACAAUCAAGAGGAUUCAUUGGUCAUGAAUAGGACUUCGCUGGAGCGUGGAAUGUUUCGUACAGAACACUUCAGGAGUUACAAAGCUGAUGUGGACAAUAAAGAGCUUACAAAACGUAUAAAGCUAAAGGAUAAGGUAGCUUUUGGAAAAAUAGAAAGCAAAAAAGGACGUGUCGAUAGCUUAGAUGAUGAUGGCUUUCCAUAUAUUGGUGCAAGCCUACAAAGCGGUGACAUUGUCAUUGGUAAGGUUGCAGAAUCAGGAGAUGAUCAUAGUAUCAAGCUAAAACACACUGAGAAAGGGAUGGUCCAAAAAGUUGUUCUUUCAGCAAAUGAUGAAGGAAAAAACUUUGCAGUUGUGACGUUGAGACAGGUCCGAUCUCCCUGUUUAGGGGACAAGUUUUCCAGUAUGCAUGGCCAGAAAGGUGUCAUUGGUUUUUUGGAAACUCAAGAGAACUUUCCUUUUACCCAUCAAGGUAUAGUUCCAGACAUUGUUAUAAAUCCACAUGCCUUUCCAACUCGGCAGACCCCUGGACAGCUUCUUGAGGCUGCUUUGGGGAAAGGAAUUGCUUGUGAAGGUUCAAAAAGAUACGCUACACCAUUCUCCACUGCCUCAGUUGAUGACAUAACAGCCCAGUUACACAGAGCAGGGUACUCUAGAUGGGGAAGUGAAAGAGUUUUAAAUGGUCGGACCGGUGAAAUGAUGCGCUCUAUGAUCUUCAUGGGCCCUACGUUCUAUCAGCGGCUGAUCCAUAUGGCCGAAGAUAAGGUUAAGUUCAGGAACACCGGACCAGUUCACCCACUGACGAGGCAGCCAGUGGCAGACAGAAAGCGGUUUGGCGGGGUGAAGUUUGGAGAAAUGGAACGAGACUGCUUGCUUGCCCAUGGUGCAGCAGCCAACCUUCAUGAGCGCUUGUUUAUGCUGAGUGACUUCUUUCAGAUGCACAUCUGCCAGAAAUGCCAGCGAGCUGUAAAUGUUAUCUUGCGACCUGUGCCUGGAGGCAAGAAGAUUCGUGGUCCAUAUUGCGGGUUCUGCCAGUCUGGUGAGAAUAUAGUCCGGAUCAAUGUUCCUUAUGGUGCCAAGCUGCUCUACCAGGAACUCUUCAGCAUGGGUAUUUGUCUCAAGUUUGAGACCGAGGUUUGUUGAUCAAACUUCACCUUUUGAAUGAUCAAUUUAUGUGAAUGCAGUUGUUAUGGAGCACCUUUUGUUUUCAGAUGUACGAAAGUUGCUCAAGCUGAUCGAUCAGAUAUGACCAACUAAACAUAUAGUUAUUAAUGUAUUAGCAGAAGAUGACUUUUUUUUUUUAAUGUUGAUGUCAGCUUUUAACUCCA